GGUGUGUAAUUACCCUGAGGAUUUAACUCUAACACUGUAUGCUACAAGUGAGGAUUUGAAGCAAGGAAGAAGGAAUACCUUUGUACAUUUUGUUCGGUUUUUCUUAAUUCUUUUCCUGUCCCUGUCAUUUGCAAUAAUGUCGGUCACGGCAGGUGUUAGUGAUACUAUAAUAGCAAUUAGGGAUAAGCUAAGAGGUAAAAUUGGGCAGACGAAAGUAAAGAGGUACUGGCCUGGUAAAGCUCCUGAAUGGGCUGAUGAGGGUGAUGAAGAUGGGGAUAUUAGGAUGCAGAGGGCAGCUGCUGUGGAGAGAGCUUUCCCUAGUCAGGAAGAUUCAGGUGUUGUCAGGAAAGAUGAUCGAAGGCUGCGUCGUUUGGCUGAGAGCAGAAUAGACAACCGUGAAGAAGUGAGAGCUGAUCACCGGCGCAUUCGACAAGCUGAGAUUGUUUCAACAGAAGAAGAGGAAAACAGAAGACAAGAGGGACUGGAUGCGGAGGAAGAGGAUGAGAAUGCAUUGGAAGAAAGAAGAAGAAGAAUUAGGGAAAAGAUGCUUCAAAGGGAACAAGAAGAGGCUGCCCUCCUUCCAGAAGAAGAGGAGGAGGAGCCAGAAGAGGAGGAAGAGGAAUCUGAGUAUGAGACUGAUUCAGAAGAAGAACUGCCAGGUAUUGCAAUGGUCAAGCCUAUCUUUGUGCCGAAAGCUGAGAGAGAGACUAUUGCUGAACGUGAGCGACUUGAAGCUGAAGAGCGGGCCAUUGAGGAAUUAGCCAAGAGGAAGCUAGAGGAGAGAAAAGUAGAGACGAAGCAAAUAGUUGUUGAAGAGAUACGGAAAGAUGAAGAGAUUCGCAAGAAUAUGGAAUUGGAGGCAAAUGUUGCUGAUGUGGAUACUGAUGAUGAACUUAACGAGGCAGAGGAGUAUGAAGCUUGGAAAGCAAGAGAGAUUGCACGGAUCAAGAGGGAUAGGGAGGACCGUGAGGCAAUGUUAAAGGCAAAGGAAGAGAUUGAGAAGGUAAGGAACAUGACUGAGGAAGAAAGGAGGGAAUGGGAGAGGAAGAAUCCAAAGCCUGUUCCCCCAUCAAAGCAGAAGUGGAGGUUUAUGCAGAAAUACUACCACAAGGGUGCUUUCUUCCAAUCAGAUGCUGAUGACCUUGCUGGAACUGUUGGAUCAGAUGGUAUAUACCAGCGUGAUUUCUCUGCUCCUACCGGAGAAGAUAAGAUGGACAAGACUAUAUUGCCAAAGGUCAUGCAGGUCAAACACUUUGGUCGUAGUGGGAGGACAAAAUGGACUCAUCUCGUCAAUGAGGAUACAACUGAUUGGAACAAUCCAUGGACGUAUAAUGAUCCUCUUAGGGCUAAGUAUAAUGCAAAGAUGGCGGGAAUCAAUGCACCCAUAGCAAAACCCAAAGGAAGCAAGAAGUUGAAGGAUUGGGAGACCUGACUUCAAAGUUUUCUAGUUGGAGGCACGUGUGACUGUUGCAUAGAGAAAGAAGUGCUGAAAAUUUGCCAUGGUUGAUUUACUACUAGUGCGGACUUGUCAGCUGUGUAACUAUUAGUUGUAUUUAUGCUUUAUAUGUACACAGUUAGUCAUCUGGGAAGCAUAGCUACCAUGGCUUUUCUCUGUAAUGAUAAAGGUUAUCCCGCAGUUCCAAUGGGAUUUUAGACCAAA